UUUUCAGGCAGCAUUAACAUCUUGCCAACCCUGUCACUGGUGCUCCCAUGGACCAUCCAAAACCCACAAUGGACUUUCCCAAACCCCAAAGCCAGAACCUUUUCUCAUCCUCAGACACCCUGAUAGGCGACAGGGCCAUCACGUACCUCAAACGUCAUCCCCAUUGCCUCCCCACACUCUCCCCUCACUUCACUCCCAAUGCUGCCUCCUAUGCCCUCCUCACUCUUCAACACCACAAGCCCCACACCCUCCUCCUCAAGUUCCUCCAAUGGGCUCGCCCCCACCCUUUCCUUACCCUCCCUUGCAAGUGCCUUGCUCUUCAUCUUCUCACCCGGUUCAAGCUCUUCAACCAUGCCCAAUCCCUUGCUGAGGAAGUCAUUUUAUCCACUUCCCCAAACGACCCCACGGGAUCCCUCAUUUUCCACCAGCUCAGGGACUCCUAUCACUCCUGCAACUCCAGCUCUGCGGUCUUUGACUUGCUUGUUAAGUCUUAUUCUCGUCUUAAUUUAACUCACAAGGCAAUGAACAUUAUUCAUUUGGCAAAAGAUCACGGGUUUAUGCCUAGUGUGCUAGCGUACAACACAGUGCUUGAUGCUAUUAUGAGGUCUAAGCUGUCUGUUAGCGAUGCAGAGUAUGUGUUGAGGGAUAUGAAUCAAAAUGGUGUGUCGCCAAAUAUAUAUACUUAUAAUGUUUUGAUUAGGGGGUUUAUUGUUGAAGGGAGGUUAGAGGAAGGGUUUGGUGUAAUGCGUGAGAUGGAGAGGAGUGGGUGUUUGCCAAAUGUGGUUACUUUUAACACUUUGAUAGAUGGAUGUUGUAAAGCGAGGAGGGUGGGGGAGGCUUUCGAGUUGUUGAGGGGGAUGUCAAGGAAGGGGGUGGAAGCCAAUCUGGUUUCAUAUAAUGCUGUUAUGAAUGGAUUGUGUCGCGAGGGGAGGAUGAGUGAGACGAGGGAAUUGCUUUUGGAGAUGGAGAGGAGAGGCUUGGCACCAGACGAGGUGACUUAUAAUACACUUGUUAAUGGAUACUGUAAAGAAGGGAAUUUCCACCAGGCACUUGUUCUUCAUGCUGAGAUGGCAAGGAAGGGACUGUCUCCAAAUGUUGUUACUUACACCACAUUGAUCAAUAGUAUGUGCAAGGCUAAGAAUUUAGGCCGUGCGAUGGAGUUUUUGAAUCAGAUGCGAGUUAGAGGGCUGAGCCCAAAUGAGAGGACGUAUACAACUAUAAUUGAUGGCUUCUGCCAGCAGGGGUUGUUGAACGAGGCUUAUAAGGUUUUGAGUGAAAUGAUUGUUAGUGGAUUUUGGCCGUCAAUUAUAACCUACAAUGCACUUGUCCAUGGAUAUUGUGUUUUGGAGAGGAUGGAAGAAGCCAUGGGAGUUUUAAGGGGUAUGGUUGAGAGGGGGUUGUCCCCAGAUGUUGUGAGUUAUAGCACAGUUAUAUCUGGAUUCUGCCGAAUUCUAGAGUUGGGAAAGGCAUUCAAGUUGAAGCUUGAGAUGGUUGAAAGGGGUGUGCUGCCUGAUGCUGUCACAUAUUCGUCGCUUAUUCAAGGUCUCUCUCAGCAGAGGAAAUUGGGUGAAGCGUUUGAUCUCUUCCAAGAAAUGAUGAACAGGGGUCUUCCACCCGAUGAAUGUACCUACACUAGUUUGAUAAAUGCUUAUUGUGUGGAAGGGGAACUAGGUAAGGCUCUCCAUUUGCAUGAUGAAAUGAUAAAGAAGGGGUUUCUGCCUGAUGUAGUUACCUAUAGUGUUCUUAUUAAUGGACUUAAUAAAAAAGCUAGGACAAGAGAAGCAAAAAAGCUUCUUCUGAAGUUGUUUUCUGAUGGAUCUAUACCAAAUGAUGUAACAUACGAUACUUUGAUACAAAACUGCAGUAACAAUGAAUUUAAGAGUGUGGUUGCUCUUGUCAAAGGAUUCUGCAUGAAGGGUUUAAUGAAGGAAGCAGAUCAAGUUGUUGAGACAAUGCUUGAGAAGAAUUAUAAGCCCAAUGAAGCAGUUUAUAAUUUAUUGAUACAUGGACAUUGUAGAGGUGGAAAUGUUCAUAAGGCGUACAAUUUGUACAAGGAGAUGGUGCGUCAUGGUUUUGUUUCUCAUACUGUAACGGUGAUUGCUCUAGUUAAAGCUCUAUCUGGAAAGGGGAUGAAUGACGAGGUGAGUCAGGUAAUGCAAAAUGUAUUGAGGAGCUGCAGGCUCAGUGAAGCCGAGCUAGCGAAAGUACUUCUUGAAAUUAACUUCAAAGAAGGUAACAUGGAUGCUGCAAUAAAUGUCCUAGUUGAUAUGGCCAAGGAUGGCCUGCUACCUGAUGGUGGGAAGUUCACAUAUUCUCCAGCAACUACAUAAUAUUUUUCGUUGUGUUGAACUUGUUGCAUUGAAGUUUGAACUACCCCUUCAUGCUAAAUAUCUAGCAUGAUUGUGCUUAAGGACUUGGAAUGCAGGGACGGGUUCUUGUCAAGAAUGAGAUUUCAAUUUGUCUCCCAUAUUGAUCUGCUUUCUAAAUUCCUAAUGACAGAUUUCAAGUUCGAGGAGUUACUUUUUAUGAAGGAUGUAAACGGUGUGGGAGUGCUGCUUAAAUUGAGAAACUAUCUCUGGACAUGUAAGUUCAUCAGACAUUGAUAAUCUGCAUGCUGGAAUCUCCAGUAGCUGUAGAAGUUCAAAACUGCCAAGAUUUUGAAGAAAUGCGACGACUUGAGGAAACGGACUGAAUCCUAGUAGCCGGGCACAGCAUUAUUGCCGGAUGUCACUGAAAUCUGUGGUACAAGUUCAGGGGAUUCUAGCAGGGUUGCAGUCUUGUAUGGCAUUGCUAAUGAAUGGUAGUGAUUUUUUAAGUGUUGAAUUGACAUUCAUUAUUCUUAUUCAGAGUAGUGAGCUGUGCUACAAAUUUGCAAAUGUUAUUAGUUGAAUAUUGUGAUUUCCUGUUCAAGGAUGCUGGAGUUCUUUCCUAA